AUGGAUUGGCUCUCUACCAAUCGCGUUCUUAUAAAUUGUCGAGAGAAGAAGCUGCUUUUUCCCAACACAGAGGAGCCUGAGUUGGUAUCUUCUCAGGGUGUUAUGAAGGAACUUCAUGACGACGCGCAGUGUUACAUGAUCUUCACACAUCUGGAGGUGGAUGGAGGAAAGAUGACGUCAGUAAUACCGGUUGUGCAGGAUUUUGAGGAUGUGCCAGGGUUACCUCCCCACAGAGAGGUAGAGUUCUCUAUCGAUCUAGUGCCAGGGAUAGGUCCAGUAUCGAUGGCUCCCUACCGCAUGGCUUCCGCGGAGUUGGUUGAAUUUAAGAAACAGAUAAAGGAACUGAAUGCGAAACAGUUUAUCCGACCUAGCACUUUGCCUUGGGGAGCGCCAGUGCUAACUCAGGAGGAGCAUGCAGAACACCUGAGGUUGGUGCUUGGUGUUUUGAGGGAGAAGUAA